UGGGAAAUAUUUUAAUAGAGCGUUCAAGUCAUUCUCAAGGAUCGAUCGUGAAUGCUAGUCUAUUCCUUUUUUCGUAUCGUUCGUUCGAUGCCAAGCUGGCUAUCUUCAGAACGUUUUAUUGCAUAAUCUUAUUCAUUGAUACGUUCACCUCUCUUUUUCUCUUUGUUUACUCAUAGCUUAGGAAUAUUUCUUGACGCGAAGAAAAGAAGUUAAAUUAUACAAUUUUGUCGGCUCGGCGAACGUUCUUAACAAUAUUUAGAUGAAUAAAUUAUUUUCUUAAGAUAGGUAGUAGGAGUACGAGGGAAGGGAUGCUGAGUGAGAUUCUUUUUGAAACGUGGUUGAUAUACAAUGGAUCACCACCACCACCAUCAUCACCACCACCAUGUCUGAUCAAAAAACACGAUCACGAGAAUAGACAAUGACGUGGCUAAAAGAAGACGACUAUAAUGACGGCGACGACUUUCGGGGUUUCUCGAUUUUCUUCCCCCUUUUCUUCUCUCCACGCAUCAACGAUCUAUCGUCUCGAUCCACGAACUUUUCUAUCCGCCUCUGACUCUUAUUUAAAAGACUCACCACGAUUGAGUCUCGGGCACUCGGCGUUGGACCGAUACCAAGGCAGGAAGGAAAUAUCUCGUGGUAGCAAGGGACUAACGUUAAACGAUUCGAUUCGAUAGCUUUCGUAUAUCGAUAGCCCGAUAUCUCUUCGAUACACCUCAAACCACAAACUUUUCACUCUCUCUGAUAUCCAUCAACAUUUCAUCGUUAUACCGAAAUCGUUUAUCCGUCCGUCUGUUCCAACAACGAGUGAUCCCCCAAAAAUAACGCGUCACGAAAUGCCGUUAUCGUAGAAGCUAUUUUACGUGGCUCCAACUCGAAUCGUAUUACGAUUUUGGUAUAUCGCUCGCAAAAGCGCGAAACCACCGGUAGCAAGCGAUAGUAGCAAUAACAUCGCCACCACCACCAGCACCAGCACCAGCCAGCACCAUCAUCAUCAUCACUACCACUACCACUAGCAUUGGCACCAGCAGCAGCACGAAUAGCACGAGUAGUAGAGUAGGAUGGUUGGUGGUGGUCCUGACACAUCGAUCGACCGCGUGCGGUUAAAGGCUCGCUGGAAAAAAGAUGGUUCAAUCGAUUACCUUCCGAUGCUCGGAGUAAGAGCAGCUGCCGAGCGUGUGUGAAGAGCGAGAAGUGAGAUAGAUCGAUGUAUAUGUAUCUAUAUAUGACUAUGUAUAAAUAUAUAUAUAUAUAUGUAUGUGUGUAUCGAUAUAUAUAUAUAUAUAUAGAAGAUAGACAGAAAGAAAAGAUCAAAAACAGGGAUAUGGCCAAGUAGAGAUGGAUCCGUGAUCUCGCUUGUCUUCUUCGCGAAGGGACUAAAAGGAACUUCUUGCCAACACGCCGUAAACUCUUCUAUUCUCUUCGUUUUUCUUUUUUUCUCUUCUCCUCUUCUCUUCUCUUCUCGUUGCUUUUCCCUGGCAACGACGAUCGACGAUCCACGAUGAGGACCACGACGACGAUGAAGGUGGCGUCGGUGACGACGGUGGAUGAUGCUCUGCCACAAGCUGCUGCCUAAAGGCAUAGCGUCACCCGGACCGAAUUAGACAAGCAGAAAUAGCCCGAGUUAUUGCCGGCGCUAUGCGCAAAGCGAAGAACGCCCCACCUGUCCCAAGUUCUGUCCCUCCACCGACGAGGCCGUUGCUCGAUGGUGGAAAUUACUUUCAAAGCGAGAGAACCCGUUGACCUACUGCUGUCUUCAGUAUACGUUCUGUAUUUCAGUCUUUCGCUUAGCUAUCGCAGGUGCACGUAUCUCGAUAAGAAGGAUUCAUCGUUUCGAAUAUAAUCACGUUACCGGAAUCAUUUUGUCCUUGAAUGGCUUGAAGAAGAUCGUAGGAUGCAACGUGAAACUUGUCGGGUUACAAAAGCAGGGAGAAACUACGAAGUAGUUUAACGAGAACACGCUGACGUUCGAAAUUUUACAAAGAAUAAAUACUAGCUCGUCGGUCUUCGUGAAAAUCCGUGAAGAUGAAGGGAUGGUUCGAUGCUUUCAGAAACGAUGGUGGACCGACUCUUUAUAGUUAUAGUAAUCGUACACCCGUCACUGGCGAUGUUGCUCUUGUUAUCGUCUUCGUUAUUUUCGGUACAAUAUUCACAGCUUUUCUAGUUAUAUUUCCUGGUAUACGGAAGGAAAGACUAACUACGUUCCUGAUCGUAACCCUGAGCCUCUUCGUUGGAGCUACGAUUCAAGUCGCUCAGUAUGGUUCAUCUUGGCACACCAGUUCGGCAACCAUCGUUAGUUCGUACAGCGCUUUCUCCAGACAUAGAACCAGAGCUCAAAUCGGCGGUUACAUUGGACUCAUGCAUAUCAACAUUACCUACAAACACCUACCAGACAGUGAACACACGAACGACGAUGUUGAGUAUAAUGAGAGAUUCUCGUGGCGGGGUUCUAAUGAAAUGACGAGUGCUUUCAAACAAGCGCUCUAUCAAGGAGCUCCCUUUCCAAUCGUUUCCCUGGCGGAAUAUUUUAGCCUUCAUCAGGAAGGAUUUUCUUGGGGUAGCAAAUAUCGUGAAGCUGGUUACUAUGCGUCUAUAAUGCUCUGGACAUCGUUCGCUUCUUGGUGUAUGAUGAAUUUAUUGCUUAUGGUCGUACCACGUUAUGGUGCAUACAGUAUGAUCAUGACAGGAUUGUGUAUGCUCUCCACAAACCUAAUUUAUUGGGCGUUACUACCUUGCGAACCGUUAAUUGCUCAUAUAGACGGUUCGAUUCUCGCCUUCGACAUGGGCUGGAAUUAUUGGUUGGUUUUGGUUGCAGGUAUCGGAUGUCUUUUCGCUGGGACAGUGGUGACAGCGAUCGAUUUGAUAUUUCCUCAUCAAUUUUCAACCAUACUCGAAGUUGAUUAUGACACUCCCUAUGACAGACAUGUUAUCAUCGAAGAGAGUUUCGAUACAAGAAAUGUUAGAAGAAAAUUGCCAAAAAUUGAGGAUUCCUUGGGCGAUCGUAUCAUGAGUCAGCUGUCGUCGAAGCUUCAAAACAGAAAUACGGAUCGAGAGGAUACGCAGGGUGUAAUAAAUAAAACUUAUGCUCCUCACAAAUCCUCUGACUUUCAACAAGAACGUAACAAUGAUGAUCCUAGUAAGAGCAAUUGGUCUUAUCCCUUUCCUCCGGCGCCAAGAAGGAUGGUGAACUCUUGA